CCCUUCCCUUCCUUCCCCAUCCCGCCCGGGUCCCCGUGAGAUGCGGCGGGGCGGAGAUGGCCGCCGCCUGAGGCGGCCGCGGCGGGGCGGGAAGCCGGGGAAGGUCCCCGCAGCGGAGGCCGAGGAGGAGCGCGGAGGACCGGCGGCCGCAGCAGAUAUGAAGCAAUGUGCCCUGUGAUACUUACUUUGCUGGUUCUCACCAUUGGAGGAUGGCUGCCAUCCUCUGUGAAAAUUGUUCUGGUCAGUACCACUACACCCAGGUCAACAAACCUCUUGAAAUCAGCUGCAUGCUGCUCCUGAUUAUACUUGGAAAAGUGUUCCUUAAUUUCUUCAUGUUGCAAGUUAAGCCAAAAAAAGUGAAAGUUACUUUUAUGGGAUACUUCUGUGCCUCACUAGCACUUCUCGAUUUCACACUUCUGCUGAGCAUCUCGUUCAUUUUCUAUUUUGAGGACUUUGCACUCUGGGGCGUGCGAUUUACAAAGUACCACAUUUGCCUGUUCACUCAGAUCAUUUCUCUUACCUACGGUAUUUUGCAUUACCCGGUGUAUCUUGUGGCUGGUCUGGAUUAUUACAUGACUAUCGCCCAAACCUCUCAAUUUCCUAAAAGAGCUCAAAGAUUACUUUAUUUAUUUGCUGUGGUUAUUAUAUGGAUUUCAGGGUUUUUUUGUAUUCUGAAAGUUCCCGCUAUCUAUGAAGAACUAGAAAAGCAGAACCGUUUUUCUCCUUAUCAGUGUCCUCUCUAUGCCAGCGUGCAGAGCUACUCAGUCUCCUGUGCCAUGGUGCUGCUGAUAGGCGCAGCUCUCCUGGCUUGUUGGAAGGAGGUCGUCGCCAUGCUGCUGUCUGUCAGGGUAGUUUCCUUUGCCAGCCAGCCCGUUCUGAUGUUCUCCUACGUGCCUAACGACAACAGCACUUGCUUUAAGCGGCAGCUCCUGACCAGGCUCCUCAUCUGUUUUCUUGGCACGUGGGCACCUUUUGUUCUUCUUCAAAUUAUCAUUUUGGUUCCCGGUGCUCAGAUUCCAGCCUACAUGGAGAUGAACGUCCCCUGGCUGUACUUCAUCAACAGCUUUCUCAUCGCAGUAGCAUACUGGUGUCGAUGUCACCGUGUUGAACUGACGGAGGAGAUGUGGUCUACAGAUCCAUUUGUCACCUGGAAAUUCUGCUUUAUGCCAUUUAACAAUGAAAACACCGAGCCAGCUGAUAAGCCAGGCACAGUCAUUGUAAUCUGUUAACGAGCUGCUAAGACUGCCGGUCAGUGCUGCGCGAGGGAGGCGCGUCGUACUCUGACGUUCUGUGCCCGUGUCCUUACAGAUAACGCGAGGAAACAUCUCCAGAGCUACAACCCAUGGAAAACAGUCCAACGUCCACCACUACUGCGAUGAAUAUUGCACCAGCGCGUGGGACGUUGUGUGCUUCCCCACCGGGUUCCGGUGGGCAGUAAGCACCUGCCAGUUCAGAGAGCCUUAACUGGAAAGAACAGGUUUAAGAAAAGACCACUACUUACAAAAUGCAAGUUUUCAGUUAAACCUUACGUUUAUUACUAGAAUUUUACACUUGCUUUAAAUGGAAUGAUCUCAGGUUUUAUACUACAAAAUGCAAUAAAAAGUCUUGAGCUGGAGCCCUUUUAACAUAUACGUACACGUGUUAACCUGCUGUCAAAGGUUCAAAGAACUUCUGCGGUUUUUGAAGUGUAUUUUCUUGUUGAAGUGUGACUUUUUGUCAGUUGGAUUUCAGUUACGGGUUGUUGUCUGUUUAAAGAGAAACAAAUUGUUUUAGUUAACAUAAAGCUGCAACUCCUACAGAAAUACAAACUUUGUUUACCUAGUACAAGAACAGUACAAGAUGUGCAACUUCUGCAACUACAGGAAAGGUGAUGUUUCAUUCUUUCUUUGCUACCGCUCCUCUACUGUCUAUAUGUACAUAUUAAAAAUUAAAUGAUUACAGCCAGAGCAAGAAGCAACAAGGUUGGUUGCUCUACAUAAAUACCUGCCCAAGGUUAAAGAAUGGUUUAAAUUAAAAUAUAAUUUAUUUUGAAGCCAAUAUUACUUUAAAAUAGUUAAAUUUGAAGUGGGACUGCUUCAGUAGGGGAAGAAUUAGUCAGGCUUCUAACAACACCACUCUCAAUUUUCAAAUUCUUACAGUUUCAUGAAGGUCUUGAUUUAAUUUUGUAGAAGAGAAAUAAACAAUACACAACCACA